UUGCUGUUUACAGCGCGCAUGCGCAGAGAGCUGGCCGCGCGGCGUGUGAGAGAUGGCAUACACAGCUAAGAUUGGGCCCUCGGUUUUGAGUAGCGAUCUUUCCCAGCUGGGGAGGGAAUGCGAGCGGAUGAUGGAGUGUGGCGCUGACUAUUUACACCUGGACGUUAUGGACGGGCAUUUUGUUCCGAACAUCACGUUUGGCCAUCCGAUGGUAGAAUGUCUCCGGAAAGCUGUGGGUCCAAAUCCUUUCUUUGACAUGCACAUGAUGGUUUCCAGACCUGAACAGUGGGUUAAACCAAUGGCAGCAGCAGGAGCCAAUCAGUAUACAUUUCAUUUGGAGGCCACUACGAAUCCAGGAAGCCUCAUCAAGGAAAUCCGUGAGAGUGGCAUGAAGGUUGGUCUGGCUAUCAAGCCUGGAACCACAGUUGAAGAAUUAGCACAGUGGGCCGGACAAAUUGACAUGGCCCUAGUUAUGACAGUGGAGCCUGGAUUUGGUGGGCAGAAGUUUAUGGAGGACAUGAUGCCAAAGGUCAGCUGGCUAAGAAGUCAGUUCCCUUCCCUAGAUAUUGAGGUAGAUGGAGGAGUUGGACCAGACACUAUUCAUCGAUGUGCUGAGGCUGGUGCUAACAUGAUUGUGUCGGGCAGUGCUGUAGUGGGCAGUACAGACCCUCGAUCUGUAAUUGCCCUCCUCAAAGAUGUCGUCCUUGAGGCCAUUCAGAAACGGUCUCUAGACCGUUAAUAGCUUUUUUUGUUUUGUUUUGUUUUUCAACUAUCCAAAAUUAAAUCUCAACCUGUCUGAACUGUUUGAAUAGACAAGUCUAAGCUAAUUGAGCUCAUUAAUUGCCUUGGGAGUCAGAACUGAGAAAUCUGUCUCUUAUGACUUUUUUUUUUUUUCUUAAGGCCUUUAAGACCUUAGAGUUAAUGCUUGUGUCAUUGGGAAUAUUGUUCUUUUGGCCUUUGUUUUAUGCUAGUAGAUGGGAACCCCAGUACAAACAGCCCUAGAAUAAACAGCUCUAGAAUGGUUAUACCACUAAAUAUAAGGUGAUAAGUCAGAAAGUAAUUACAAGAGUUGGACUGUAAUGGCCAUUAUUUAGCUUGUACAUUCCAUUCAUUUUUCCUUUAGGAAAAUUGGAAACAAUGUUAAUGUAAAUAAAAGCUGUGGUACA